AUGUGGCAGAAGUCUUUAGUUUUUCAUAACCAUUCACGCUCCAGCAAAAUGGGUGAACGAUAUAAUAUUCACAGCCAGUUAGAGCAUCUUCAAAGUAAAUACAUUGGAACCGGGCAUGCUGAUACCACCAAGUAUGAGUGGUUAACUAACCAACAUCGAGAUUCUUGCUGCAGUUACAUGGGUCAUCCCGAUUUACUAAGCUACUUUGCAAUUGUAGAAAAUGAAUCUAAGGCACGUGUUAAGUUCAACCUAAUGGAGAGAAUGUUACAACCCUGUGGACCACCCCCAGAGAAACCAGAAGAUUAA